UUGAGGUCUGCAGAUCUAUAAAUUUGUGCUGAGGGGCGUGAUUCCCUUCAUUGUCACUCCCCACGGAUACGCAGUUACCUGGACAAUUUUAAAACCACAAGGUGCAUUUUCAAGAUACAUCAUUUUCGGGGUUUUUUUCAUCAUCAAGACUUGGAGCAAUAAGCUAUGUGUGGAGCAAACGUUGAUCUGCCAAAUCAAGGUUGUGGAACUGUAAACCAGCUUGGAGGGAUGUUUCUCAACGGCAGACCUCUCCCAGAAUCCAAGAGGAGGAAGAUGAUUGAACUGGCCUCAGAGGGAGUCCGUCCGAGUCAGAUCUCCAGGAUACUGCGAGUGUCUAAUGGCUGCGUCAGUAAGAUCCUGAGCCGGUACAGACGCACGGGUCUCCUGGAGCCAAAGACCAUCGGUGGGAGCAGGCCUCGGCUUCUCACCCCGGGUGUCAUCUCCACAAUCAUCCAGUGCAAAAGGGAAAAUCCAACUAUUUUCGCUUGGGAGAUCCGAAAACGUCUCGCAGAAGCCCGGAUAUGCAAGGCCUCCAAAGUCCCCAGCGUGUCGUCUAUUAAUCGGAUUUUGAGAAAGAUCCACUUGGAUCACGGACCGAUGUGCAUGGAGAGCAACGCGCAGAACAGGACUGGGCAGGAUUUUGAUUCUUUCAUCCAGGAAGAACUGAAUGAGAUACAGAUGUUUCAGACAAUUUGCAGCAAUGACCAAAACCCUAAAUCUGUCCACCAUCGCAACCGCACCACCUUUACCCCUGAGCAGAGUACUGCACUCGAGCAAGAAUUCUCUCACAGCCAGUAUGCAGAUCUGUACAUGAGAGAGAAACUAUCAGUUGAGAUCAGAGUUCCUGAGGACACCAUCAAGGUCUGGUUUUCAAACAGACGGGCUAAAUGGAGGAGGGAGGCCAAACACAGGAGCAGCACGCAGACUUCAGAUCUUCAGAAACAAAAAGUUUUUGCUCCUGUGACUCCAUCAACGCAACACAGCGUCACAUCUCAACAGGCAACAGGAGUGUCGAGACUCUACGGUGAAAACUCAGCGGCCUCCUCUUCAUACAACACAGCUGCCGGGAGGCGCAUGAAUAGUUUCUCCUUUAAGACACACACAGAUAUAGGACAGUGUGAACAUCUAGUUUCAGUCCCACCUGCGUCCCUCCACCAGUCGAACAACAUGAUGGUCCCCCCAAGGCCAGAAAAGACUCCAUUGUACCUCCACAGUGAUAGAUACAAUUUCCCAUUGGUUCACCAUCACACAGCUUCAAGGACAUCCCUGCCUUUACCCACUGAGACAAUAAGAAUAGAACAUCCUGUGAUGCAGUGCUGGAACCAGAAGGGAGCUUCUUUCACAUGGAACCAGUUCAACCAGCCGCCCUGGACCCUUAAUCCACGUACCUAUCUGGAGUAAAUGAUCACCCUAUUUCUAUCAUUAGUAAACAGAAAAACAAGAAAUAUUGUAGAUUUUUUAUCUGGAUAUUGUCACCUGUAAUGUUUACGUCACAUUGCCUUCAAAGAGUCCAAGACAUAAAGUAGCAUUCUUGCAAACUCAGCUAUGUUAACAUGUCUUUUGUUAAUUUAUGUUUGCUGUCCCUUUAAAAAAAAAAAAGUUUUAUGUACAGGAUUGAAUUGCAUUUCUUAUUGGAGCACAAGCAAAGGCUGUAUUUUGAAUGCAACUCAAUCUCCUGACUGGAGUGACACUUUUUGACCAGCAGAGGGCGACAGAGAUCAGGAGUUGCA